AUGAGCCGUGGACAUGCGGACACAUCAAUUCACAGGUUGUCCUACUACGCGCUGACCGCCGCCAUGUCUCUGUCAUUCCUUCCUUCCAUCCUUCUGGCGCUGGGAACUUUCACCUACAGAGACAAGAAAGUUUCCACCCUGGACCUGCAGAUCGUCAAUUUUAAUAACGAAUUUCUCAACGUAACUUGGAAUACCAGUAGCUUGGGUCCCACCAAUCUCACCUUCUUGUACAAAUUGAGCCCCGGGGACAACUACUCGCAGUGUCCCCUCUACGUGCUCCGAGGAGGGCUGACCGCCGGCUGCCGCAUCGACCAGCCGCUGGACGACGACCCUAAGCUGUUCCUCCGGGUCUCCGACGGGGCCGAGUUCGAGGUCACGCGCAGUUUCUACGCCGGCGAUUUCUUCAAGCCCGCGCCCGUGGGCCCCCUGGCCUUCCUCUGGGGCGAGGACACGGUCACGGUGACGUGUGAGAAUCUUCCCAUGGGGGGAAUCGCCUACGAAAUCCAACACAAAACCAUCUUCGACGCGGAAUGGCAGACGCAGGAAGAAGAAACGUGUAACGUCACGAUUUGGGGCGUCGACAGAACCAAGUGUCACGAUUUUAGGGUUCGGGUCACCCUGAACCCCAGUGCUUACGGCGACAACGCCCAGCCCAGCGACUGGUCACGCGUAGCCCACCAAGAAAACGGGGUUCAGACAGGUGGAGAUAGUCCAACGGUCAUCUUCGGCCUGGUGGCGUUACUCACAGUGUCCCUCGUGGCUCUGUCUGCUUGGAAACUUCGCAGGAUGAAAACUUUUCUCAUCCCCUCGAUUCCGGACCCCAAAGUGACCUUCCUGGGAUUGUUCGAGUCACACCAGGGGGACUUUCAGGAAUGGAUCCAGGACACUCAAAACGUGUCCUGCGUGGUCAGCCGUGACGGACACGGGGUGCCAGAGGAGCCCGUGGUGGUGCCGUGGAGCAGGGACGAGGCCACGACAGUCCAGGAGGCCAAGCCGGGCGGACUUCCCGGAGGAGGAGGAGGCGACCAACGGCUACAACUUCAAGGUUUCACCUUCUGGGCCAAGGACGAUUCAUACGUGACCUUGUGA